UUGCAGUAGCUUGUCCAUCCCCAAUCCCCCCAUCCUACUACUGCGUGCGGCGGCGGUCUCCCCUCCUCGGAAUAGAUCCACUCACUACUACCACCACGAAUCAACCAUGGAGCUCGCAACGGGGGCCAUGGGCUCCCUGCUUCCCAAGCUGAGCGAGCUCAUCACCGAGGAGUACAAGCUCCAGAAAGGCGUGAAGAAACAAAUCAAGUUCCUCAUGCUAGAGCUGGAAGCGAUGCUCGCUGCCUUGCUCAAGAUUGCGGACGUGCCGCGUGACCAGCUCGACGAGCAAACCAAGAUCUGGGCCGACGAGGUCAGGGAUCUGUCAUACACCAUGGAGGAUGUUGUCGACAGGUUCAUGCUGCCCACCAAGGGCUCUGCUCCACCCACCAAUCCAGACAGCUUUAACGAGAUCAUGAGGAAGAUGUUCAAGAGCGGCAAUACUCGCCAUCGGAUCUCCGUCGCGAUCAGAGAUAUCAAGGACCAAGUCCAAGAGGUGUCUCAACGGCAUGCUAUGUUGGAUGUCCCUGUUGCUAAUUCAGUUGCCGCAGUCACCGUCGAUCCUCGCCUGGUGGCCUUAUACGAGGAUGAAAGAGAUCCAGUUGGCUUACAAGAGCCAAGUGACGAAAUAAUCAAGAUGCUGCUGGGAGAUGGGGGUGAUGGUGUGUACACGCAGCAGCUCAAGAUACUCUCUAUUGUCGGGUUUGGGGGAAUGGGGAAAACAACUCUUGCCAAACUAGUGUACGACAGGAUCUCAAAACAAUUCGAUUGCAGAGCUUUUGUUUCUGUAGGUCGUGUUCACCAAGUGAAGAGUGUUUUCAAGGCCAUUCUCCUUCAAAUUGACGAGGAAAAGUAUACAGAUUUCGAUUCAGCAGCACUGGAUGAAGUGCAGUGUAUCUAUCAACUACGAGAGCUGCUUCAGAACAAGAGGUACUUCAUCGUUAUCGACGAUGUAUGGGAUAUUCAGUCCUGGGAAAUAAUCAGAUGUGCUUUGACUGAUACAGAUCUCGGAAGUAUAGUAAUCACAACUACUCGGAUUUUCAGGGUGGCAGAAAUUGCUGGUGAUGUUUACCAGCUAUUACCACUUUCUGAUAGGCAUUCUGAAGAAUUGUUCUAUACAAGAUUAUUUGGUGGUAAAGUCAAACCCCCUGAUGAUCAAACAACUGAUCUAAUUCAGAAGUUCUUACAAAAAUGUGGCGGUGUACCACUAGCUAUCACUACUAUAAGUAGUUUGUUGUCCGGUAAACCAAAGGAUGAUUGGCAUAAGGUGUAUAGCAGUAUUGGUUUAAGGCUUAGCGAUGACACUACCGUGGAUAGCAUAAGACCUAUCAUCUUAUUGAGCUAUCAAGAUCUACCUCAUCGUCUAAGGGUCUGCUUAUUGCAUCUGAGCAUAUAUCCGGAAGAUUAUAUAGUCAGAAAAGAUACAUUGAUAUGGAAGUGGGUAACCGAAGGUUUUGUGCGUGAGGAACCAGGAGUAGGGCUAUUUGAGCUCGGGGAGCAAUACUUGAACGAGCUUAUAAAUAGAAGCAUGGUCCAACCCCUAGAGAACCCACAUAGUGGUGUUAUAAUUGGUUGCCGUGUCCAUGAUUUGGUGCUUGAUAUGAUCUGUUCCAUGGCAGCAGAAGAAAACUUUGUUACCGUACUGGACGAUAACAAGCAACGCACAUCUUCACGAAUUAAAGGUCGCCGGUUAGCCCUCCAAAAGAAAGUUAUAGAUGGGCAGGAUCAUCUGGAUAACACUCUCAUGUCACAUAUGAGGUCAUUUAACGCCAUCGGAUGCCAUACUAGUGUGUUGCCAUCACUGUCGAGCUUCAAAGUUUUGCGUGUCCUAGCUAUAGAAGAUUCUAUCUUUCUGGAAGGUAAUUCUUAUCAUCUAAAACACAUCGGAGUGUUGUGUCAUCUGAGAUAUCUGGGGCUAUGGAGAACCCCUAUCCAUGAGCUUCCAGAAGAAAUAGGGAAUCUACAGUUUCUGCAAAUGCUGGACCUGAGGCAAACAGGGAUACGAGAUUUGCCGUCGAGUGUUAAUCGUCUAAGGAAUCUCAGGUGCCUGCGUGCUGACAGUGGUUCCGCAAGAGUGCCUGAUGGGAUGGGGAAACUGAUAUCCCUGGAAGAGCUACAGUUGGGCGAUGUCAGCAGUUCCCCGAACUUUGUGAAAGAACUGGGCAAGCUGACAGAGUUGAGAGAGCUGAGGAUCUGGAUUCAGGUGUUAGAUGAGAGGUCCAAGAAAGCUUUGGUGGAGUCUCUUAGCAAUAUGCAGAAAAUUCAAGUUUUGCAUCUUGAUGGUGGGCUGUGGAUUGAGGAUGCCGAAUGGGAAGGCUACGUACCCCCUCGGCAACUCCGUCAUCUAAGCCUACGGAUCAAAUCAUCGAGGCUGCCGAGGUGGAUUAACCACUCGCUUCUUCCGAACCUCUCCCACUUAUCAGUGGAAGUGAUGGUUCUGGAGGCGAAUGAUCUGGUGAUCCUUGGGAUGUUCCCACAGCUCCUUACUCUCAAGCUGUUCGUGCCAAACAUCUCCCUCGAUAUCAGGGGUGCUGGUGCAUUCCCCAAGCUGAGACACUGCUACGCAUCUGGAAUGCUCCGGUUCCUACAGGGAGCCGCUCCACGCCUUGAAUCUGUCAAUUUCAAUGUCCUAUUGUGGGACUUGAAGGGUGCCAACUUUGAGUUUGGUAGCUUGGGGAACCUCCCUAUGCUUCAGAAAGUCAGAGUUGAAAUCUUCUACUCAGAUGCCCAUGGUGCUACAGAGGUGAAGGAGGCAGAGGCAGCCCUGAGGCACGCUGUCGACCUCCAUCCCAACAGUCCCCACCUUGAUAUCAGCAAAUACAAAUCGUCCUUUGAUGAGCUGAACGCUGAGAAUGAAGAGGAGGAGGAAGAAGAUGAUGACGAGUAGGAGGAGGAGGAGGAGGAGGAGGAUGACAAAUGCUCACUGACUGUGAAUGUGAGCUAGCUGUGCUGUACAAUCCUACCCGCCUGCUGGUAUGCAGCUCAUCUGGUUGGUACUGUGAAGACUUUAACAAUCAUCCACGCGACCAGCUGCAAGUGAGACCACAUCUCAUUGAGAUUCACAUGAUUGGGAGCUUAUCUUCCUUCCCAUGUGGGAUUAGGGUUAAGCAAGACCACAUCCAAUUCCAUGCAAGACUCGUAACUGCCAAAAGAUGAUGCUCGAACUCUAUUUAUUCCACAAAUGUACUGUGCAUCUGUAAUUCUUCCCUUCUACUUGUAUGGCUGUUGUUAUUUGCUACUGUGUCAACUGGAGAACGUACCAUUGCAUCUCCAGGAUGCCACCUGCUUGUUGUAACCUUCAGUUUAUCGGUACCUUGAACGCUUUAGCUCAUGAUCAUUUUUUUUCGACAAGAGAGCUUUUAUUGAACUUAAAAGUGGCAUCAAGGAGAUACAUCAAACAAGCUCCUGAUCAUGUUAAUAAGCU